CGUUGGACAGUAAGAUUCCUGCGCUUGAUACAGUAACAGCAUGCCUACCAACAGGAAAGUCUCUCCCAUCGGACGAUGGAUGAAGGAUAACUUGAUACUCAUUCUGACUACCGCAGGGGCAGUCUGCGGAUUCGCUGUGGGAUUUGGUAUCCGAGAGGGGAACCCGUCUCCAGACCUGUUGACAUGGAUAGGUUUACCGGGGGAGCUGUUCAUCAGGAUGUUAAAGUUGAUGAUAAUACCUCUUAUAGUCAGCAGCAUGAUUGCCGCCACUGCUUCUCUGAACCCCAAGUCUAAUGGUCGGAUAAGUCUCGUGUCGAUUACGUUCAUCGUCGCCACUAAUAGCCUGUCCUCUGUCGUCGGCGUUGUCCUUGCUCUCAUCAUGAAACCAGGGCACGGAGUACAGUCAGGUGAUACAGACACCACAGACACAGCUACUAUAGAAACAUCAGAUAUAUUUGCAGAUUUACUCCGGAAUAUAAUGCCGGACAAUAUAGUGGACAUGGCUUUCCAACAAUCACUUACACAGAAUGACGUCACUUAUGAAACAUUCACAAGGAACACAACUAAUGGGACAGUCAACGAGACUGUGAGGAAAAUAACCAAAACUGUAGGGAAGACCCCAGGUACCAAUGUUCUCGGUAUGAUAGUGACAUGCAUGCUGUUGGGAUUAGCUAUCAACAAGGCAAAAGGAAAGGGCAAGCCAGUACUGAAAUUCUUUACAUCACUGACCGAUAUCAUUAUGAUAAUACUACAAUGGUUGUUAUGGUCCACUCCCCUGGGUGUCUUAAGCCUGAUCGCUGUUUCCACAGCUACCGUGAAGGACCUCGAUCAGAAUUUCCGAGCUCUGGGAAAGCUGGUCGGGCUUGUAGUUAUAGGAAUCAUCAUACACCAGUUUAUCAUAAUGCCGAUCAUAUUUUUUGUGACAACUCGACGGAAUCCUUAUAAGUUUGCGUUACAAAUCAUUAAAGCUUGGAUGAUCGUCUUUGCUACAACGAGUCCUGCCGUUGCUAUCCCUGAGAUCCUGUCUGCGUGUGAGAGUCACCAGAAAGUAGACAGGAGGGUCAGUAGGUUUGUCGUGCCAUUGUCAGUGACUAUCAGUGCCAACGGAAGUGCCCUGUUCAUCACAUCGGCUGCCAUAUUCUCAGGCAAUAUCACGGGAAUUAGUCUGAAUGUUGGUGACAUUAUCAUUAUUAGUAUUUUGACCGCCAUCUGCGUCAUGGCGUUACCCAGCAUACCGAGUUCUGGAAUCGUUACCUUGGUGAUGAUACUAACCUCCAUGAACAUCCCGCCGGAUUCUAUUUCUCUCCUGUUCGCGGUUGACUGGUUUUUAGACCGGGUACGAUCGUCAAGUAACCUCGUGAGCCAUGCACACUGUGCAGUUGUGACGUAUCAUUUCUGUAGGAACGCUCUGGAGCAGUCCGAUAUAAUACAGGACAUCGGAAAAGACAAUGACAACACAGAGUUGGAAGUUUAGACAUUUUGUUAAUUAUCGUCAAAUCAGUAAAUAUAUCGUGGAAGAAGGUCUUUUCUUCGAUACAAAGGUUUAUACUAAGUUUUGAUAAUCACCUACUAGUGAUUUGAUAUGUUAUUUUGCGUGGUUCUAGAGUUCACCAUCAAAUACCUGGAUGUCAACUGGAAUAUCAAUAUAAGUUAAAUCAAGUUAAAUAUAAUUAUUUUGUAAGAAAACAGAUGUUGAUACUACUUGUUCAUUAUAGUUGUAAAUAGGUUUUAAUGGCAUUUAUUUAUGGAUUAAACGAGUUAAUAACAAGUUCUAUUGAUGUAAACACCAAAAACUGAAGUGCUCCCAGAAUAAGCCGUGUAGAGGUUUGUGUAUUAGAAUCACUUUAGUUUUCGGUUAAUACGUCGAUAAAUCAAUCCAUUCUCUCGUUCAAUCCUUGUGGUUUUAUUACAAAUCUGAAAAGAAAACAUUCAAUAACGAAAUAUGUUUUGAAUCACAACAGCAAGUGUACUUUUGGUAAAAUGAUUUUGACGUUUUCACAGGCCACGUUUUAAAAUCUCCUCGCUUCAAGGAAGCUCAUAUCUUUAUGUAACCGCGAAAUGAAUACAGCAUCUAUAAUUUGAUGUUUUACUUCAAUACUUUGCUGACCUCUUUACUCUUUGUGUUGUUCAUCUGAGGUUCCCAUGGUAUUAAUGACGUCAUAUGCACUGUUUCUGUAACCCUAUUGGACAUCAUUGGUAACCCAAUUGGCCAUCAUUGGUAACCCAAUUGGACAUCAUUGGAAACCCAAUUAGACCUCAAUGGUAACCCAAUUGAACAUCAUUGGUAACCCAGUUGGAAAUCAUUGGUGACCAAGUUGGACACCAUUGGUAACCAAGUUGGAAAUCAUUGUUAACCGGACGCUAUAAAUAUCUCAUUGUCUGGAUAAACAUGUAUAUGUAAAUCGUUUCGGUUUAUAUUCUUCUUGAGACUGCUUAUUGCGGAUAGCUUUUUCCUGGUGCCAAGAGAAACGUUAGAUGAUUUCAUCGAAGAAAUUAACAGAGCAGGCCAUAAAGUAAAAUUGACCAUGUCAAUGUUCAACAGAAGACUUCCAGAAAUCCAUUUCUGUUCUGAUGACUAACCUGAGCAGGCCAUCAAGUAAAAUUGACCAUGUCAAUGUUCAACAGAACACUUCCAGAAAUCUAUUUCUGUUCCGGUGUCAUCGCUCUGAUUUGAACAUGGUAUUAUUCUUGAUGUGUGCCAUCGAUGAUGCAUACAACGCUUAACCUUCAAGAACACCUUUUGUCUUGGUACUUUUUCGACGGUCUCCUUGAACAUUUACAUUUUGUUCGCAUUUUGCUUUUGCAAAUAACCAGACAUCUUCAGUGUCCAUUAGAUUGGAACACCCCUGACUCUACCUGGGCUAACUUUUUUCGUCUCCUUCGAUGUUGGGGUCUCGAUAGUCCUCUUAGUAGAAACAUCUAAGAACGCAUCCCCGGUUGUACGGUAAGAUAAUCAGACAUAUUCUCUCCAAUUUCCUGAACGUAUUUUCAGGUAAAUGGUACAUGUUGGUAUUUAUAUAGAUCGUGGCUGUCAGACUUCUGGAUAUAUAGUAUUAACAGUAUAAGUGUGAUAGAAUGAAUGUUUUGAUAUAAAGCAAACUUGUCAUGCGGCUUCACGUGCCUCUACUGUUGUACAUAACGUAUUGCUGAAAUAAACGAUUAACACAGCACCAAUACGAACUAA